AUGCCGAACAGCAAGACCACCUGGAAAUGCACCAACUGCAAGAAAAGCAAUGCAAAGCCAUUUCAUGACAGUUCUGCAGUUUCAGGAUCAACUGGUCAGGAAAACCCAGUUACAACUACCACUUGUUCUUCUCAAUCCCAUGAUAGUGAACCUGAGUUCAUUGAACUUGACAUGUACAGUGCACAAGAUUCUGACAAUGAAGGGGAAAGGGCUGAUGACAUUGAAAUUACCAUGGUUACAACUUGUGAAUCUGAAAGAUAUCGUUCACUUAGAAAUCUUGAUGUACAAGAUUAUCAGCUGAUUAUGUCCCCACAUGGUUGGCUUGACAGUGCAAUUAUCCAUAGUGCACAGGUACUUUUGCAGAAAAUAAACCCUCUGAUUGAAGGUUUUCAACGCCGUAGUUUCUGGUGA